AGUUUGUCAUGACAGAACCCAAUCUGACAAUGUUUCAUCUCUUGCACUUCACAGAGCCCAACCUAACAAUGUUUCAUCUCUCGCACUUCAGUCUUGAAGGAUUUCUAUGGCUACAUGAUUGGCAGUCAAAUAUUAUACUAUUUGCUGUAUUCAUUGUAAUAUAUGUAGCUUCACUGACUGAAAAUGCAAUGUUUCUUCUUCUUAUUGGCUUGGAUGAGAGACUUCACUCACCCAUGUACUUGUUUGUUUGCAACCUUGCCAUGUUAGAUAUCAGCAUCCCAACAGUGACUGUCCCCAAGAUAUUACAUUACUUGUUGACAGAUGACACAACCAUAGAAUUUGUUUCUUGUGUCACACAAAUGUGCUUCUUUAUAUAUCUGAAUGUAACUGAAUGUUUGGUUUUGGCAGUCAUGGCCUAUGACCGCUAUCAUGCCAUUUGCAGCCCAUUGUAUUAUUCUGUCAUAAUGACCAUGAAGCAUACAACACAACUUUCCAUUUUUUGCUGGGUACCAGGACUUCUGAUAGUUUUUUUUCACAUUUAUAUUGUACUGAAUGUACCAUUUUGUGGGCCAAAUACAAUAACUGCAUAUUUUUGUGAGUAUACAUCAUUAAUGAUGCUGGCAUGUGCUGAUGUUUCUUCAUAUUCUUUUGUACCCUUAAUACUUGCCCUAGCCUUUAUGUCUCUAAUUUUAUGUUUCAUUAUAAUAACUUAUAUUAAAAUCCUGUUGUCUGUCAUUAAAGUAAAGUCCAGAAUGGGGCACAAGAAAGCUUUUUCCACUUGUGCUAGUCAUCUUCUUAUAAUUGUCCUUUAUAUUUUUGUCCAAGCAAGUGUGCUUAUUUCUCGUUUUGUGAGUGACACAUCAGUGAGCAUUCAGGUAUUAGCAGGGAUCAUACAGAACAUUGUUCCUCCACUGGUAAAUCCUAUUAUUUAUUGUCUGAAAACAAAAGAAAUUAGAAUCAGCUUCCUCAGAGUUUUGAACAAGAUUUUCACUGUAUGACAUGUCACUAGAUGGAGUUGUAGAGCUGAUUAAACUAUGAGGAGAUAUUUGGGCAAGAUACAAAUGAAAGUGCUCCUCAGUCAGAAAGAAAUUAAAACUUAGAUGCUAGUGUUUCUUGAUUUUGUAUAUUAUUUGCUUCAAUUUAAUAAAAUAAAAUAACAUUGACCAAAAUCUUUGUAAAUGAUAUCAAAGAGAAUGACCUGUGUUUUACCAACGUUUCUGUGUAGAGAUGUGCUCUGAAAUACAAUCUUUGGGUAGUCAUACUUCUGUUAUGUUUAACUUGUCUC